AUAACAACAAAGAGUAAAAGAUAUGUACAUAUCUAAGAUAUAUAUUUGUGACAUCUAGAAUCUUAGAUAACUUCUAUAUAUUUCUUUUCUCCGAGAACACCAAUAUAGAUCGCAGAGAGAGAGGUUCUUGUCCUGUGGAAGUUUCAGAAAAUGGCAGGUCUUCCUCUUCCUCUAGGUUCUGAGAGUCAGAAAAUCCAUGAACGCUUUUGUGUCAUAUUCGAGGAAUGCAUUGAAAACAACAUGAGCAAGGCUGAAAUUUUGAGUUAUGUGCAUGAUAAGUAUCUAAUCCCACUUCAUGAUACCAACAGAGUUUGGAAUCAUCUUGAAAGGACGAAUCCAGAUUUAUUCAUAGCAUAUAAUGCAAGGAUCCGUGAGCGCAAGGCACAACCUGUUUAUCCUUCAAGUCAAGCGGGACCUUCCACAGCUGCUAAUGAAGAUUUCUGUCAGCAGGUUUUGAAUGCUUUGGGACAUAUUAUCAAACUACUGUCUGAUGGUCAUGGAGUUGCUCCACAUCCUUCUGCUACGGGAUCUUUGAAGAGAAAGCGUGUUGAUGAAAAUGAAGAGAGAGGCGAAAAUGAAGGAGAGAAACUGCAAGAGAAUGAGAGAGGUGUCAAUGAAGAAGCAGAGAAGCAGAUCACUGAGAAAGAUGAAGGUAACGAUGAAGAACUGCAGAAGAAAGAGGAAGGUGACAAUGAAGAACUGCAGAAGAAUGAGAGGUGAUAAUUAAUAAGUAGAGAAGCUGCAUGAUCAGAACCUAUAAAGGGUCACAAUAAACGCAUGGUCUGUUCUUAUAUUAGCGUAGUUUUUUUAUUUACAGAACAUAUUGCAGGAGACACAU